GCCUGCCUGCCUGCUGCUGCUUAUUGAUUCGCGCGGCAUCAGCGCGGCGGAAAGUCGCAAGCAAACCAUCUCGCUUCCCUUCUCUGCUCUCCAUUUGAUGCCUUCUCGUCGGCUGGUCGCGUGAUUGGCGCGUGUGGAAGGUCGUGUUGGCGGCGCGGGAGAUGAAGAGCGGCGGCGGGAGGCAGAAGUGGCCGUGCGACUACUGCGGGGAGGCGGCGGCGGCGCUGCACUGCCGUGCGGACGCGGCGCGGCUCUGCGUGGCGUGCGACCGCCACGUGCACGCGGCCAACGCGCUGUCGCGGAAGCACGUGCGGGCACCACUCUGCGCGGGCUGCGCGGCGCGCCCGGCCGCCGCGCGCGUCGCCUCCGCAGCGCCGGGGGCAGGCGCUGGGGAGCAGACGUUCCUCUGCGCGGACUGCGCAGGCGGAUGCGACGCCGCGGCGCGCGUGCCCGUGGAGGGGUUCUCGGGCUGCCCCUCGGCGGCCGAGCUCGCCGCGUCAUGGGGGCUCGACCUCCGCGGCGUGGGUGGAUGCGGCGGCGACGAGGCAAAAUACAACGACGAGGAGGACGCCUUAUUCUCGGUGCUCGACUACUCCAUGCUGGCGGUCGAGCCGGACCUGCGCGACCUCUACGUGCCGUGCGACCCACCGGAGGUAACCGCCUCUGGCGGUGGCAUCCGGCGGCUCAAGGGGGAGACGCUCUGCCACCAGCUCGCAGAAAUGGCUCGCCGCCAGGCGGGCAUGGCGCAGCCGCAGCCGGAUCUGAGCCCCAGGACCCCUCGCCGGAGCUCCGCAGCCUCCAGCGGGCGCUUGCCAGACAAGCAGGCGCCCCCAACGCUGCAUCCUCCUCCUCCUCCUCCCGCGGCCACGGAGGUGCCGUUGCCGUAUACAUCCCUGCUCACGAUGGCGUCGGGGAACUGCGGUGAGCUCAUCGGUGGCAGUGACCGGAUGGCCGAUGAUGACGAACAACUGCUAUGGGACUGCACUACGCCCUCGGUUCCGCCCUCCCAGAUAUGGGACUUCAAUUUAGGAAGAUCAAGGGAUCACAAUGAGAACUCCGCACUUGAAGUUGGAUUUGGUCCGAACAAUGGAGUUUUUACGAUUAAGAGUUAUAGUGACAUGCUUCAGGAAAUUUCUUCGGGGACAACGAAAGAUCUGGAAGAUAUUUAUGACUCAAGAUAUUGCGCAGCUGCCGAAGAUAUCAUGUCAACUAGUGUCUGUCAGUUGUCAUCGAAAAAUGUGAGCACUGGGAGCAACAAACGGAAGGUCAGCUCAUGCACCUCAACGAUGGACGGACCGACAACCUCCGGGAACCAUGUGCCCACUUCAGGACCAGCUCUCACCAGGGAGAUCUCCUUCGGGGACCAAACCGUCGCCCCAGCUGGAGCUGAGAGGCCUCCCAUGAAGUUCGACAGCGAGACACUCGCGCAGAACAGGGACAGUGCGAUGCAGCGGUACAGGGAGAAGAGGAAGAAUCGCAGGUACGAAAAGCACAUCCGCUACGAGUCGAGGAAGCUGAGGGCUGACACGAGGAAGCGAGUGAAAGGCCGGUUCGUCAAGUCGACCGAAGCACUGAACGCUGGCAAUGGUGGAUGAGCCAUGGCCUGUGAAGAUGGAGCUAGCUGCAUGUAGCCCGGGUUUGUUUUUUUUGCGGAGGAGCUGAAUAUGAAGCUGAUAUGGCGCGUCACAACACCUAUAUAUGCACAAUGCUAUCGCUGAAUACCACGCCGUGUUUAGCCAAAUUUUUGGUUUGAAGCAUCGUGGUCGUGGGUCAACACCAGAGGUUGCACGCUAUGCUGGCAAGAGAUAAGAGAGUAAGAGGCGCGACACCCCUUUCUUGUUGCCAUCAGAACAGAAAUAGAUAGCUUGUUUACAGUACUUAUUAGCUAUGUGAUUUACUACGAGUACCUCGUGAAUGAGUAUGCACUGAAGUAUUCUAUAUCCGGUUUUUAUCA